UGAACCCAUUUGUCGACCUGGGGUCAGUAAAUAAUACAUAGAAAAAAAAAAGAGAGAAAGAGAGAGAGAGUUGCACACCACCACCACCACCACCAUCAAAGCUCGGUAAACUUGUUCUUUCCUCCCACAAUCCAGCCGACGUGUUAUAUUUUCCCAUCUAUUCCCUCACCUACCUAUACAUAACGACAACAACUAUCUGUUAUCGCAUAGGUCGACGUCGUGUUCACCUUUGCUCUGUCGUCCUUCGCCACCGUUAGCGUCUUUGUACAAUACCUAUCACUUCUAGCUUUCUCAAUCAAGGUAGCUAGCUCUAGGGGUCUAGCGGUGACCCGAUUCUCUCAGCGAAAACAAGCCCAGCUCAGCUCGGCUCUUUCCCUCUGCGAUAUUCACUUUUCACGACACAGCUUCGGUGUCGCACCAUCGCAUUCCUUUUACUGCCUACCUAGAGAAGGCUAGUCCGGACGAAAUACACAUAAACACAAUCCCAACCAUGGACCGAGGCAGUGAUUCCGCGUUAUUCGACGCCUUACAAGGCAUCUUGCCCGAACAGACCCUCACCCUCAUCCAAGCCCACAUGCAGGACCCACAGACCGCCCUUCGAGCCAUAUGGCAACAGACCACCACCCUCACACAAAAAGCAACCGCAACACUAUCGCCCGUUCUCGCGCCCCUCGUCCAGCGCGGCAUGCAAGCCCUGCACGACUCGCCCGACCUAGUCGUCCUUGCCUUUGUCCUAGCCGCCUUCGUGCUUGUCAUCCAGGUCAUAUCCUUCGUACAGCGCACCAUGAUGUACGUAACGCGUCUAGCCUUCCGGCUUAUGGGUUGGGCUCUAUUCUUCGCCCUGCUAGCCUUUGUCUGGGGUAGAGGCCCCGAAGCCACCAUCCGCGAUGUGGUUGUCUUUGUCAGCAAGUUGGCCGGCUACGCCUCUCUUGUCAAGGAUAUCUGGUGGUCUGAAUACCAGAAGUUUGAUGCCCAGACCAAGCGCGGUGGAGCCCCUGCUGGGACCCGGGGAGCACCUUCGGGAGGUUACACCAGGUCGAGAAAUAGUGCCUGGUGAUGACUCGGGACAGGGUUAGUGCUACGCGUGUGAUUGAAAAAUAAAAAAGGGGUUAGGGCAUCUCGUCGUUUAAUGGUUUUAUCACGGGUUGGGAAUGAGUUAUGACUACGAAUUGCUUUUUCUUUUCUUUUUGUACAGAAUGAAUAAACAGCAUGACAGUAUGCAGUAUGUGCCAAAUGUACU